CGCAGUCACGAUGUAGCAAGAAAAACACGCGUCCAUAAUUUCGCACUCGCAAUGUUAAGAAAUGGUUGACUUUAAGCAUUUGUUAAACCCUCCAAUCAUCGGGCGAAAGUCGGUUUUAGUUCAGAGAAAAUGCCGGCGGAAAAACGAUAAACUUUGUAGAACCAAAUUAUUAAACCACGAACGAAACUGCGACGAUGAAAUCAUUCCCAGGGUGAAAAAAAGAUGCCUCAUUUUCAUCAUUAUCUUAGUGAUCAUAUGUGCCUGCAUUGGAUUUGCCUACCACUACGGUUUUCUUGGCAAAAAUGAGGAAAAGGAAGAAUUAAAACCAGCGAAUCCUGUGAAAGCUCUGCCACCAUCUGGGUCUGUCUUGCGACGGUUUAGAAAAGCUGCGGUGUGUGCCGAUGGUGCCGCAUGUGCCGAAAUUGGCAGGACUAUCCUCAAAAAAGAUGGAAGUGCCGUUGACGCCGCUAUUGCUACUAUGUUCUGCAAUGGAAUCUUCACUAUGCAAAGUAUGGGACUUGGAGGCGGUUUCCUCAUGACAAUCUACAUCAAAGAAAACAAUACCGCGUAUACUCUAAAUGCUAGAGAAACGGCACCUCUAAAAGCAAAAGCUGAACUAUAUAAGGAAGACCCACUGAUAUCUCAAAAUGGUGCUUUAGCGAUAGCCGUUCCAGGCGAACUUAGGGGCUACCAAGCGGCUCAUCAACGUUUUGGUAAAUUAGAAUGGGCAGAACUGAUUGAACCUUCAAUACAACUAUGUGAAAAAGGUUAUGAAAUGUCGAAACAUCAAUAUGAAUCUUUGCAGAAAGCAAAACUCACGAAUGAUAGCAAUUUAAGAGAAUGGUUUUAUGAUUCUGAUGAUAAUUUCAAAAAGAUAGGUUCGACGAUCGUCCCAAAGAAACUAUGUGAAACACUCCGACUAAUUGCCACAAAUGGAGGCGAUGAUCUCUACAAUGGUACCUUAAGCGAAAUGCUUCUAGAAGACUUAAAGAAAAUCGACAGUAUUAUCACAAAAGAAGAUUUAGAGAAAUAUGAAGCACAAUGGAUGGACCCUAUAGUGGUCGAGUUACGUAACCACGAAAAAUUGUACUCGGUUCCUCCUCCCGGGUCUGGAGCCCUUUUAGCAUUCAUUAUGAAUAUUCUGGACGGAUUUAAAUUCAAACCAAGUGAUAUCGACGGAGUUCAAAACACUGUUGAAACGUACCAUAAAAUAAUCGAAGCUUUUAAGUACGCUUAUGCUAGGAGAACUGAAUUAGGCGAUACGUCUUUUGUAAAUAUUACUAAUUUAUUACACAAUUUAACGUCACCCGAAUAUGCGGAAAUGAUCCGCAAAGAAAUCAAAGAUAAUCAUACCAGCAAUAACCCGAAGGAUUAUGGUGCCAUAUUCUAUGGUAAAAGUGAUCAUGGUACAGCGCAUAUAUCAGUAUUAGCAGAAAAUGGUGACGCGGUCUCAGUCACCAGCUCUAUAAACCUCUUUUUUGGAGCUGGUUUGACUUCUGAAAGCACUGGAAUCAUCUUAAACAGUGUAAUGGACGAUUUUUCGUUCCCUUAUUUUCGAAAUUACUUCAACCUACCCGGGUCUCCCAAUAACCAACUGAAGCCCGGGAAAAGACCGUUGUCUUCUAUGAGCCCUAGUAUUCUAGUAGAUGAGAAUGGUGACGUAAAACUAGUCAUAGGAGCUUCCGGUGGCACCAAGAUCACUACCGCAGUUGCUUUGGUCAUAAUGCGCACACUGUGGUUCCACCAAAACAUCAAAGAAGCAGUAGACGCGCCUCGAAUCCACCACCAGCUCUACCCCAUGGAAGUCCAGUACGAAUACGGCGUUUUACAGCAAGUCAUCGACGGCUUGGAAGCCAUGGGUCACAAGACGAGUCGUUACAAAGACGCCGGAUCCAUAAUUUGCGCCUUGUUGAAAAAAUCCGAUGCCAUUUACGCCAACGCCGACUUCAGGAAAGGCGGAGACGUCUACGGAAUCUAAAAAAAACAUUGUUUUGCUUUGCACCUUGUAAGAUAUUACUUCCUCCGUUUUCGCCGUUAAUAAAUUUUAAUUUAGUGA